AUGUUUGAAAAAAAUUUAACUGAUUUAAUUCGUGGAAUAAGAGCGAAUAAGAAACAUGAACAAAAAUACAUUGCAACCUGUUUACAAGAAAUACAUCAAGAAGUUAAAUGUAAUGAUCCUGAUGUGAAAGCAAUGGCUAUUUCAAAAUUAACCUAUCUUCAAAUGUUGGGCUAUGACAUGUCUUGGGCAUCUUUUCAUGUUGUUGAGGUAAUGUCUUCACCAAAAUUUACACAAAAAAGAACAGGAUAUUUAGCAGCUGCACAAUCUUUUCGUCAAGACACCGAUGUAUUAAUGUUGACAACUAAUUUAUUGAAAAAA